UGUACCACCCCAGCCUGCCCUGUACCACCCCAGCCUGCCCUGUACCCCCCAAACAGCCCUGUACCACCAAUUACUACUACAAAACUCAAUUGUUUGAAAAAAAAAUGAUAAAAAUGUUGUUUUGGAACAGCAUUUCAUGACCACACAAUAGCCAAUUAAAGUAGUGCAGGUAGCGCCAUUUCAUGACCAUGCAAUUAAAGUAGUGCAGGUAGCGCCAUUUCAUGACCACGCAAUUAAAGUGGUGCAGGUAGCGCCAUUUCAUAACCACGCAAUUAAAGUAGUGCAGGUAGCACCAUUUCAUGACCACGCAAUUAAAGUAGUGCAGGUAGCGCCAUUUCAUGACCACGCAAUUAAAGUAGUGCAGGUAGCGCCAUUUCAUGACCACGCAAUUAAAGUAAUGCAGGUAGCGCCAUUUCAUGACCACGCAAUUAAAGUAGUGCAGGUAGCGCCAUUUCAUGACCACGCAAUUAAAGUAGUGCAGGUAGCGCCAUUUCAUGACCACGCAAUUAAAGUGGUGCAGGUAGCGCCAUUUCAUAACCACGCAAUUAAAGUAGUGCAGGUAGCACCAUUUCAUGACCACGCAAUUAAAGUAGUUCAGGUAGCGCCAUUUUGUAACCACGCAAUUAAAGUAGUGCAGGUAACGCCAUUUCAUGACCAUGCAAUUAAAGUAGUGCAGGUAGCGCCAUUUCAUGACCACGCAAAAGUAGUGCAGGUAGCGCCAUUUCAUGACCACGCAAUUAAAGUAGUUCAGGUAGCGCCAUUUCAUGACCACGCAAUUAAAGUAGUGCAGGUAGCGCCAUUUCAUGACCACGCAAUUAAAGUAGUUCAGGUAGCACCAUUUCAUGACCACGCAAUUAAAGUAGUGCAGGUAGCGCCAUUUCAUGACCACGCAAUUAAAGUAGUGCAGGUAGCGCCAUUUCAUGACCACGCAAUUAAAGUUGUGCAGGUAGCGCCAUUUCAUGACCACGCAAUUAAAGUAGUGCAGGUAGCGCCAUUUCAUAACCACGCAAUUAAAGUAGUGCAGGUAGCGCCAUUUCAUGACCACGCAAUUAAAGUAGUGCAGGUAGCGCCAUUUCAUGACCAUGCAAUUAAAGUAGUGCAGGUAGCGCCAUUUUGUAACCACGCAAUUAAAGUAGUGCAGGUAGCGCCAUUUCAUGACCAUGCAAUUAAAGUAGUGCAGGUAGCGCCAUUUCAUGACCACGCAAAAGUAGUGCAGGUAGCGCCAUUUCAUGACCACGCAAUUAAAGUAGUUCAGGUAGCGCCAUUUCAUGACCACGCAAUUAAAGUAGUGCAGGUAGCGCCAUUUCAUGACCACGCAAUUAAAGUAGUGCAGGUAGCGCCAUUUCAUAACCACACAAUUAAAGUAGUGCAGGUAGCGCCAUUUCAUAACCACGCAAUUAAAGUAGUGCAGGUAGCGCCAUUUCAUGACCACGCAAUUAAAGUAGUGCAGGUAGCGCCAUUUCGUGACCACGCAAUUAAAGUAGUGCAGGUAGCGCCAUUUCAUGACCACGCAAUUAAAGUAGUGCAGGUAGCGCCAUUUCAUGACCACACAAUUAAAGUAGUGCAGCGCUGAACUGGAAAAAAUGGCCUAACUACAAAGAAUGGCCUGGUCAUGAAGGGGGUACAAUCUUCUGGAGCUCAAGUGGUUAAAAGGGAACUUUUAAAUGUUUUUAGAUUUACUAAAAGAAGGGUUCUUCUUAACUCCUUGCCAUUGGCCAGGCUGAUGGGAUGGGCUCCUGAUCACGUGAUCACCGUGACUGACCACAACUUUGGGUAGCCCAUAAAUGCUUCUAGUGUUACAAACUCAUAAAUGGCUAGAAGGGGUUAAUUAAAGUAAAUUAUUGUAUCAGCAAAAACGGAAUCUCAGCUUGUGGUUUGUAAUUUCAUAUGUACCCGGGGGCGGCCUAGUUGCUCAUCAGGUUCUCGUUCAUGGGUGUGCCUUGCUGAUUCUCCCAUCUACCAGAAAACAUAUGUUUGAUUAAAAGCAACAGACUUUCUGCAGUCCCCAAUGAUGUGAAACAACCACAAUGCUCCUUGUAUCCAGAGAUCAUGUGGCCUGGACGGCC